GAGUCUCUCUCUUACUCUGUCACUCACUCUUCCUAUUUAAGGUUUCCGCGUCUACCUUAUCCUCUCAAGCUGAAUUCAAUCUCCUUAUUCACUGUUUCACAAUCCAUAAUUUCUCAAUAGAAGCAGUAAAAGUAGCAAAGAAUUGAAAAUGAGUUCUACGAGCAGAGCUUGGAUCGUGGCUGCAAGCGUUGGGGCUGUCGAAGCAUUGAAGGAUCAAGGGUUCUGUAGAUGGAAUUACGCCAUUAGAUCUCUCCAUCAAUACGCCAAGAACAAUUGCGGAUCUCUUUCUCAAGCCAAAAGACUUCCCUCUUCCUCUUCUUCAAUUGAGAUGGCUAAGAAGGUGGUUCGAUCCGAUGAGAAGUUGAAGCAAUCGGAAGAAUCUCUGAGAAAAGUUAUGUACUUGAGCUGUUGGGGUCCCAAUUGAGAGCUCCAAAUCUCUCUCCUCUUCACGAUUUGUGCCACUCCAGAGCUGUAUUACUUCUAUUUUCGCCCAAUCUGUAAAUACUUAUUGAGAUCAUUAAUUGAUUCUAGAGAACUAAGUGAAAAGAUCAUACAUCAUUCCUAUA